UAAGAAGAAGAAAAGCUACAAUGGCAUUUGAAAGAUCAUGCUUCUUCUUAUUUUUCUUCUUCCUUGCAAUUGGAUUGGCAUCCUCUUCCCCAAACCACAUCUCAUAUGAUGCACUAAAUGCUCACAUGCUAGGAGGUCGUGGCCUUCUUGAAAAGUUCUAUGUGAAGAACGAUUGCCCCGUUGAAUUCGAAAAGGAAGACUUGUCACCUCUCAUCGGAACAUGCAAAGGACCUUAUUACAACCCACUUGUGUGUUGUAACGGAUUCACGCAGAUAGCUUGCAAGUACGCGGAACUUAUUAAUAAUGUCGAUAACGGGUGCUCAACUGACUUAUUUUACGUCUUGAAUAAACAAGGAGGUUAUCCAAAUAAUCUUUUUGCACAAAUUUGCAAAGGAGAUAAAGAGGGAUUGCCUUGUGAUAAGCCAAAGGGUAACAAGGGUAGACAUUAAGUUUUUUUAAUUAGCUAGGCAUGAGAAAAAUGCUUGGAUUGAUUAAUUUUUUUUUUUAUGAUAUUGGUUUGUAAUAGCCUUUGUCAUUCAUUUUUAUUAAACAUGAUGUAUGGUUGAAAAAUUUUAGUAUUGCAUUUUGUGAUAUGAA